GGCCAAAUAUUUUCUGGUUGAAGUUUCAAUCAAAUACACACUAGCAUAAUGGAUCAAUUCUAUGAAGAGAUUGAAGAGCCAGUGAGUCCUCCAGGACAGUAUUUCAACAGUUCGGUGAUAUGUUCAUAUGUUUUUGGUUUUCUUGAAGUAGCAGUUCCAAUUGAUGAUUCACAAACUAUCUCUUUGCUUAAAGAUGUCUUCCUCCCAAUCAACCCACGCUUCUCCUCUAUCAUGGUAAGAGAUGAAGAUGGUAUAAUGAUAUGGAAAAGGGUACAAGUGAGGCCUGAAGAGCAUGUAAAGGUUCCAAAGUUUCCUGAAAGCAAUGGUUCAUCUGGAUUGUAUGACCAAUAUUUUGAUGACUAUGUGUCACAGAUUUUAACCGAACGUACACCUCAAAACAAACCAUUAUGGGAACUUCAUAUUAUUAAAUACCCAACAACUAAUGCUGCAGGCACAUUAAUUUUCAAACUUCAUCAGGCACUAGGGGAUGGUUAUUCCCUAAUGGGUGCUCUUCUUUCUUGUCUUCAAAGAGCUGAUGACCCUUCUCUACCUCUAACUUUUCCUUCAUCAUCAAAGUCACAACAUGCAAAGAAAAGCUUGUUUAAGAGGUUACCUUCAGCUACUUCCUCAUUUUUCAGCUCUAUAUCAGAUUUUGGAUCAAGUAUAUUGAAAACAAGAGUGAUUGAAGAUGACAAAACUCCUAUAAGGUCUGGAUAUGAAAGAACCGAAUCUCUGCCUUUUACCUUGUCAAACAUAUCAUUAUCUCUUGAUCAUGUCAAAGUAAUCAAGUCCAAGCUUGGAGUGACAAUAAAUGAUGUGCUUACUGGGAUGAUUUUCUAUGGGAUUCGGCUUUAUAUGCAAGAGAUUGACUACAUGGCUAAAACAUCAAAUGCUACAGCUGUGGUAAUGCUCAAUACAAGAAAUAUCAGAAGUUACCAAUCAGUGAAAGAGAUGCAAAAACCUGAGGUCAAAAGUCUUUGGGGGAAUAAAAUUUCUUUCUUACAAAUAGCUAUACCAAAGCUAAUUCAAUCCAGAAUCUCUAACCCUCUUGAUUUUGUUUGGAACGCCCAAAGAUUAAUCAAGAAGAAAAGACGCUCUUUCAGUGUUUAUCUCAUAGGUCUGCUCUUGGAUUUGGAGAUGAAGUUAAGAGGCCCCGAGGCAAUAGCUAAAAUCAUCUACAAUACUCUAGGAAACUCUAGUGUUGUUAUCUCCAACAUAUUUGGGCCAAUGGAACAAAUGGCUUUGGCAAAUCAUCCUAUAAGUGGUGUGUAUUUCACCAUGACUGGUGGGCCUGAGAAUUUAAACGUAACAAUUAUGAGCUAUGUGAAAGUAAUAAGAAUCACCUUGAGAACACUAAAGGGGUUCAUAGAUGAACAGAAGUUAAAGUUUUGCAUGGAAAAAGCCUACGAAGUCAUAUUCAAAGCUGCUAUGGAGAUAUCUGAGAUGCCCAACAAAAGUUAAAUGUGACAUAUACAUUUGUAGAUGCUGAUCUUAUUUGUCUUUAUAUAAACAUGCAUGUAGAUUAAGAUAUAGAUAUGCAGAAGAUGCAAAACAAAAUAUAAAUUAUCCAGUAAGUCACACAUUCAAAUAAAAAACAUAUAGCUGCUUAUAUAUUGCAUUUGAGUCUAGCAUAUGAAUGCUCUUCAGGCAAUGAAGACAUGGAAAUUCAGUGGAACUAUUCAAAUAUUGUUACUCUCUCCUUUCAAUAAGUGAAAUGAUAUUUUUACAAUAAAUAUGUAUAUUUUUUUAUAAAUAAAAUUAG